AUGGCUGCCGAAAAGGACCCAGUUGAGGGGAAACACGAGAUAGAUGUGCCAUACCAAAGUUCCAUGAUAAUUCUUCCGAGCAGCACACAACAGCACGAUACAGAAAAGUCUUCCCAUAAAAAUCCAGUUGAGCCUGCAGGUGGAGAAGUGCCACUUCUUACCGUUGAAAUCCCCAAUGGUGAUCUUAUAUCAUGGCUGCACGUUGCCGGGUCUUGGUGUAUCUUCGUAAACACUUGGGGGAUCAUAAAUACCUAUGGUGUAUAUCAAACCUUCUACCAGACCAAUCUUUUACGCUUCGAAUCCGAAUCUACUAUCUCAUGGAUUGGCUCCGUUCAGGCUGCCCUUCUAUACGUCGUAGGUGCCGCCGCUGGCCCUAUAUUUGAUGCCGGAUACAUGAGGGCUUUGAUCUGGAGUGGCGUAAUUUUGAGUGUUUUAGGAAUGAUGCUUGCCAGCAUUGCCAAGACUUAUUGGCAAGUGAUUCUAUCACAAGGAGUACUUGUGGGUUUCGGUACUGGCUGCUUGUUUGUUGGUGCUGUUUCGAUCAUUCCCCAAUACUUUACUACAAAGAAGAUAUUUGCAUAUGGUAUCACUUCUACGGGUAGCAGUAUAGGCGGUGUGAUCUUUCCAAUUAUAUCCAGCAGGAUACAACUACGUCUUGAUUCAGGCUGGGCAACAAGAAUUAUCGCCUUCGUUAUGCUAGCCCUAUUUAUUGUUCCACUUGCUGUAAUGAAACAACGUAUCCAGCCAGCAACGCGGCGCAAAUUAUAUAACGCAAAUUCCUUUCGCGACAAACCGUUUCUAGUCUUCUGCCUGGGCACCUUUUUCGGUUUCAUGGGCAUUUACGUCCCUUUCUACUAUGUUCAGCUGUACGCCCUGGAAAUAUGCCAUAUGAACGAAAACUUCAGUUUCUAUUUGCUCGCCAUUAUCAACGGUAGCUCAACGAUCGGCCGCAUAGUACCUAAUUUCUACGCUGAUAAGACUGGCCCACUCAAUAUGCAGAUCCCAUUCACGUUCAUUGCUGCAAUUCUUUGUUUCUGCUGGAUUGCAGUGAAGAAUACUGCUGGAUUGGUUGUAUGGUGUGUAGUGUAUGGUUUCUUCUGCGGGUGCUUCGCCUCAAUGCCAUCUUCCAGUGUGAUGAGUUUGACGAAUGAUCUACAGACUAUGGGAAGCCGUAUGGGAAUGGCUCUUGGGGCUUCAGGUCUUGGUUUCCUCGUGGGUAGUCCCAUCGGUGGAGCGCUUCUUCAGAGCCGGGGUAGCUGGGCAUCAUUACAGGUUUGGGUUGGUGCAUUGCUGGUCAUUUCAGGGCUCUGCUCAAUUGCAGCACGUAUAAUGAGAGUUGGAACUAAGUUUAAAGUCAAAGUUUGA